AUGAUAAGUAAAAGUAGAGGGAUGGAGGACUUCCAGCUAGAUGGGGAGGCGCUCACCUGCAUUGCCAUGAGGACCCAGGAUCAUUACCAAGUGAAAUUGGGAAUCAACUCAGACCUGGGCUGCACAGUAAGUACACAGUUCAUUUGUUCUCACAGCCUGGUUUAAAAUACUUCUUAUUGUUCAUAAACAUAUUUUCCAAUUGAUCUGAUCUCUCCCCUUCUCCAUUUUAUCCCUGCCUAUUUCCACUUCCCUCCCUCUCUCUCUGCAGAUUGUUCAGAUGCAGGAUGAUUUGUAUGUUUGUGUUCCUCCUUGAUGAGGUCACUGCCACAUGACCCUGGUGGAGGAGAGCCUGACGGCAGAGUUUGUCCAGGACCUCUCCAUAACCCUUCAGCCUGUGACGGUGGCCCUCACACUGCCUUCCUAG